UUUUCUCCGAGGGGAAAGGAGCGUAGCAGGCGGUGCUCUCUGUCAUUAAUCUGGCACAUUACUUUGUGGCAUUGGGGUGGGCGAGAGGGCCUUCAGGAGUACCACAAACAGAAAAUUUAAUUUAUUUAAAUUGAAAUCUGUUCCCCUUCUGAAUCAUGGAGCAGUUAAUCACAAUCAGUUCAGGUUCUCGCAGUGGUGUGCACAUAAAUUUUCAAAGAUUUCUCGGAAUUAUUUAUUUAAGUUGAUAUUAUCAAUUAUGGGUUGAAUGCUGACAAAUUGCGUCAAUUUUAUUCUACACACUUAGAAGUCUAUUGGCUUUGAGGAACUCUUUGCAGUAUCUUCUUUGCCUAUUAAAUAAACACUGAUUUAAAAAAUUAACGGACAACAAAUUGCGUCACGAAACCCCAGACAUCGUUUACAAUUAUUAUCAAAUAACGUAUAUAAUACAAAAGGAUAAAAUCAUUACAACAAAUAAAGGAACCUGACAGAAAAAUAUAUCCUAUGUAUAGGGGUUAUAUAGAGUUCACUUUUCCAAACCUUUUUUUUUUUGUAUCACAUUAAUAAACGUUUUAAGGUUAAUCAAUGUUUAUAUCUAAGGUAAGCACAGGAACUGCGAUCGAUUUCGCUAAGAACCAAACUUAAAACCGUAAAAUUAAAAAAAUAUUCCUUAAUGAAUGUGUUGACUUGUUCAUCAUGAAAACCGUGUUGACUUAGUAAUUGUAAAUGCAAACAGAAAACACUUAUACUACCUAGCGACAUUACUAGACUAAGUUAAAAGUCUAUUGUUCGAGCAAGAUGCUCAUCGCUUUCCAUAUAAAUUGGUUUACGUAAACAAUUUGCUGACAGAAAAUCUGUGAACUAAGUGGGCACUUGUUCACCGCGUUCUAGCGCUUAAAACAGCGUAAAUACGUCUCCGAGUUUCCGAGUUUGCAAUUUUGAUUCUUUAAAUAAAACCGAGCGUACUGAUUAAAUAUUAGGAAGUGAACAUUGGUAUUUAUUGGGUUUAAAUCGUUUGGCAUCAAUUUGUUCAAAGUAAGGGUAUUAAACUUUUCUGAAACUGAAUCGAGAUUAUAUCAAACCCAUGCGUCUGCGCGGACGAAGUGCAUCCGAAACCAGGACAGCUAAUCGGUGCGUGACCUGGCGAAUGGUGUGCCCAAAACGGAAGUGCACAAAAACAAACAGUGCCAGCAGGCUAGACUUCCGCUUUUCGCAGCAUGAGCUCGCACUAUCUCAACUCCUGUGUGAAAGUGCCCAUCGAUCCGUGCAACAACUGUCCGGCUCCAGUGUACAAUCGCCCCAAACUCGGUUCUUUCGGUGGCAAGAAGGCACCGGGCUCGGCUCCCAUUGAAUCACCGGAGGAGGAGACACCUGCGUGGAGCAGCCAAAUGGGUGUCAGGUCGCUGGCCAAGUUCUACGACAGUAUACCUGACUACUGUGAUGUUAAGCACCUGCACCAGGCGGAGUUCUACUCCACGCUGGAGAGUCUGCGAAGCACGAGCCGUGAACUGCGAGAUCAGCCAGCUGCAGCUCCAACUCGAGAACGUUGUGCUAGUGCCAGCAGUAGUUAUUUGGGUCAUGGAAAGUCGAAAAAGCGGUCGUCCAAAGGGAAAAAGAUAAAAAAGCGUCCUUUGGUGCUGGACCCUGUUCCUCCGCCACCGCCACCAAUAUUAAUGAUCCCUGAGCACCAAGAUAAAUGCGUCAGUUCCACAGUGGUCCAUACUUCAAAAUCCAGUUGCCUUAGCGAGGAGUACGACAAAUGCCUCAGAGAUUUGAGCCGCCUGAAGAGCUUCAAGGAGGACUUUGCCGUAGAGGUGGCAGAUUUCAAGAAGUCCCUUAAAAGUUUCGAGGCGGAGUUCCGUAGGCCAAAGUCUAUCAGCAGCAAUGCGACCCAAACGCAGACUCAUAGCCAGAGCCAGACGCACAACCGCUGCCAGCCGACAGUUAAUCCCGGCCAGCACACGGCAGAACGGGCCAAGUGCCGAAGGGAAAUGCUGCGCAGGUGCUUCAGCGUCAAUGAUCUUCAGGCAAGCGCCUCAGAGCCAAAUCCAAAGCCUUCCAAACUCGCUCAUCCUAAACUGAGCAACUAUUUCCCUUGCCGCAAGGAUGAGGAAGUUCCCAAGAUGAAGAUCCAAUCGCCCACCGCCUCCUCGAAGCGUAGCAGUAGUGCAUCCACCACAGGAAGGGGUCGAGGAAGACGCGGCAGGGGAAGGAAACCGAAACCUGGGCCAAUUCCAAAGGAAGAGAAGUCGCUGCCACCGCUGAGCAUCUUUGAUUUGACAGAGGAACCGCUACAGAGACGAACGCCGAGUGUGUCACCAUUGCACCCGGUCUCGCGUCCAAAUCUGGCGGCCACCUUGAGGGCUGAAGUUUCCCGGAAAAAGGUUAAGGAGCUGAAAAACAAUUGCACUUAUCAUGAUCCCCGUCCGCAAUUCGAUUGGGAGGUGCGAAAGACGCCUGCUUGGAAGUCGCUCUCCUUGAACGAAUCCCACAAAGCUUUGUUGUCCAUCCGUCUGGCCACCCGAAAGGCGGAACAAGCUUUCCAAGAGCGCCAGUACGAACUGCAUAUGGAAAUGAUGCGGCAGCGAGUAAAAUCCGCUCCACUCCUUCUCGAGGGACCCACCUUCUGGGGCCCAGAGGUGGGCAAGUUGACCCACACCUGCCGGAGCGAGGAAAUGCGCCAUUCCUGCGAGGGCAGCCGGCAGCGAAGGAAGAAAAAGUCCGAAUGCCCUGCGCAGGAUGCGGACGCCAAGCUGCAGCAGCUGCGCAAGAUCUACGGCUCGGAGAAGUCCUGUUCGAGGCAGUCCCAAAGGAGCAAGCGGUCCGGAAGAAGAGCACAGGGACUUACCACGGAAACGCCCAGUCACGACAGCGGCGACGACCUGUGCAGCGUAGACCGGGCUUUCCUCUAG